AUGGUGUCCCGCUUUGACGAUGUCCGUCACAUGGCGGACGAAAGCUCAGCAAGGAUUCAUCGGGGUCGUAGACCGGUGCGCCGGGCACCUAUUCGCACAAAUUUAAAGGCAAUCGCCAUGCAGCUUCCGGUGAGACCAACUUACGAAUCCCUUCCACUCGCCUCUUCGGAUGAAAUGAAAUGUACUCCAGCAAGUAAUGCGAUGUCUCAUUGA